GGGCCGCCCCCCUAGCAACGGUUGCUAAGGUCGCGCGUUGGGCGAGGAUUGCUGAGUCCCGAGUGUGGUGCAGGUUUCUGUGCCUGACUCGAAGGCCUCGCUCUGCACACAGUGCUGUCAUUUUUAUUAUUAUUUUUUUUUUAACCGAGGUGCUCUAGGGGUCGUGUAGCGAAAGCAGUGUUUGCCAUCAGUGCAGCGAUACGUGCAGCUUCUGGGAGCUCCUCGAGGUGGCAGCUGCCGACUGGGCUGUGGGCCUGGCAAGGAGCAGCGUCCUCCUCUUUACACCUUCCCAAAUUAACUACCGAGCUGUGUUACAGAGUGCCUGGUGCACCUUUCAGCCCAGUCCUGGUUUGCCUGGCCUUAUUCCAUAUGUGCCAGAGGGCGAUGGGAGCCCAGAGAGCACAGGAACAAGAGACAGAGAGGUGGGGAAGUGGUAGAAGAGAAGAGCAAAUGAAGCUGCCCUGACUGCUGCAGCACUCCUGUGAGAUGUACAGCGCUGACGUAAUACUUUGAAUACGUGAACAAAAAGCACCAGGGUGCUGAGAGGACCAAACUUCCCACCCUCCUGUUGUGGGCUUUGCGGUGUUUCACCCAGCGAGACAGAGCAGACUUCUCUGAUUAUAUAAAAAAUUGAAAUAUGGUUUCUUUAACCCGUGUUUUCUGGAGAGGAAUGUGUGGAUAGAUGAGAUUUAGCUGCCAAAGCCUUUUUUUUUUUUUUUUUUUUGUUAUGGGCCAAGCUGCCUUUUAUUCCAAAUAAACUGCUGAGCCCCUUUGUGAGAACAACCAACUGAAACAGCCAUUUUUUACCCAAAUCACAACACCACCCAAAUCAAAGACAACAAGGAUGCACGAUGAAAGAGCCACACUGUUUGUGCAAGUCUGUGUGUCUGGGAGGGAAAAGCAGAAAAUGUCAGGUGAGGUGACAGUUACCCAUCUUGAUCCACAUGAAAUGACAUGAAGGUACCUGAGACAUCCACGAGGUCUUGUGUGAUCAGCUGUACAGUCUGGUCCUACACAAAAUGCAUGGAUGAUGACUGCAGGGGACACAGUUAUGUGAAAUGAAGCUGCUUAGUGUGAGCAUCAGGAUUCUACUCCCAGGCACAAAUUAAAGAAUUAUUCUUUCAACUUUUAAGGCAGCUGAAACUCUAGCUACACCGCCUGUGAGACCUUUCCUAUAAAUACUAAAAAUUAUUCAUAUUUUCAGUAUUUAGCAUCAUAAACUGAAUCUGUGUGAUUGCUGAACAACACUCAGUCACAUAUUGAGCGUGCUUGGUUUGUCACAGCCAGGCCCACCCUCUGUUGGACAUCAUCUGUUUUCCCUGGUCUGAAUUUGCACGCCUUCUGUCUUAUUCUUCACUAAUACUUUUCACCUGUCUUCAUCUGAAUUCACCUUGUUGAUUUCAGGCCAUUUUUUAAUUAGUCAAAUGUAUCUUACAUUUUAAUAAUGUAAAAAAAGUCUCCCAGUCAUCUUCCUAGCACAUUUCUUUUAAUUUUCUCCUGCAUGCCUUUCUCUGGAAAGGAUUCUUUUGUAAAUGCACAAGUAAAUUUUCUCUUCCAAUUGCAGAAGAAAGUCUACAGGGGUGAAUGCACCUGGGUGACAGCAUAUUUUGCUGCUAAAUGACUGAGAUCUUUACAAAGUGAUUUCAUUCUGAGUUUGUGGAGUGCACGCUCAGAAACCCUGUCAGGUCACCAGAAGAGAUUAAAUAUGGGAACUUUCCUCGGGUAUCUGAAACAGGCACUGGAACAACAACAUAAUCUGCAAAGACCCUCAUGAAAGUGGAGUGUUAACAGCUUAUCUGACUGCACCGUGCUCCCCUCAAAGACCCUUUGCUAUCAUUUCAGGAUCAGCCGUGCCCACAAUAACUUUGCUUGGCUUUCCUUACAGAAGUCCCAAUGCUGCCCAGCUCUGCUGCCACUUUAGCAUCCCUUGUGCCUCAACCUCGCAACGGACGCAUCCCUGGUCACGGCUGCCGGGAAAGCCGGUGCAGGCUGGCAGGCACAUCCCGCAGCAAGCACGGCAAGGGGAGGGAGCCACUCAGCCCUCCCCGGCGUGCCGUGCUGAGCCGUGCCGAGCCCAGCCGUGCCGUGCUGUGCCGUGCGGUGCCGCACCGUGCCCGGUGCCUGCGACCACCAGAGCCCUCCAUCCACCCGUGCCCGUUUUCCUACAGCUGCAUCCAUCCCCGCCAUGCGAGAGCGAUGAGAGCAGCUCCUCCAGACGCAGCCUGGCAAUGGAGGAUGAUUUAUUCCAGCUGAGACAGCUGCCGGUAGUCAAGUUUCGCCGCACUGGAGAAAGUUCAAGGUCAGAGGAGGAUGCCAUUUCAGGAGAACAUGAAAUUCAGAUUGAGGGCGUUCGGACAGAGCUAGAGGCUAUCGAGUUGGAGGAUGGAGCUGCAGUGCCAAAAGAAUUUGCCAACCCAACUGAUGAUACUUUCAUGGUGGAAGAUGCGGUGGAAGCCAUUGGAUUUGGGAAGUUCCAGUGGAAGCUCUCUGUUAUUACAGGAUUAGCAUGGAUGGCAGAUGCUAUGGAAAUGAUGAUUUUAAGUAUCCUAGCUCCUCAGCUUCAUUGUGAGUGGCGAUUACCAAGCUGGCAGGUUGCAUUGCUCACAUCGGUAGUGUUUGUGGGAAUGAUGUCCAGCUCCACCCUCUGGGGAAACAUUUCAGACCAGUAUGGGAGAAAAACAGGUCUAAAGAUUAGCGUCUUAUGGACUCUCUAUUAUGGGAUCCUCAGUGGUUUUGCACCAAUAUACAGCUGGAUCUUGGUGCUGAGGGGCCUGGUGGGCUUUGGGAUUGGAGGAGUGCCUCAGUCGGUAACCUUAUAUGCCGAAUUCCUUCCGAUGAAAGCCAGAGCAAAAUGCAUUUUAUUAAUAGAGGUCUUUUGGGCCAUUGGAACUGUGUUUGAAGUCCUCCUAGCAGUGCUGGUGAUGCCCACUCUUGGCUGGCGGUGGCUUCUCAUUCUUUCUGCCCUCCCCCUUUUGCUCUUCGCUGUCCUGUGUUUUUGGCUGCCAGAAAGUGCAAGGUAUGAUGUAUUAUCUGGAAAUCAAGAAAAAGCAAUUGCUACUUUAAAGCGGAUAGCAACAGAAAACGGAGCUCCAAUGCCUCUAGGAAAAUUAAUUAUUUCCAGGCAGGAAGACCGAGGAAAAAUGAGGGACCUUUUUACCCCCCAUUUUAGAUGGACCACGUUGUUACUCUGGUUUAUAUGGUUUUCCAAUGCUUUUUCAUACUAUGGGUUAGUUUUAUUAACUACAGAGUUCUUCCAAGCAGGAGAUGUGUGCAGCAUUUCCAGUAGAAGAAAAGAAGUUAAAGCAAAGUGCAGCCUGACCUGUGAGUAUCUGACAGAGGAAGACUACACUGAUCUGCUCUGGACAACCCUGUCAGAAUUCCCAGGUGUGUUAGUAACACUGUGGAUUAUUGAUCGGAUAGGCCGCAAGAAAACCAUGGCCCUGUCCUUUUUUGUCUUCUCGUUUUGCAGCCUGCUGCUGUUUCUAUGUGUUGGAAGAAAUGUCCUUACUGUGCUGCUCUUCAUUGCAAGAGCUUUUAUUUCAGGAGGAUUUCAGGCUGCUUAUGUUUACACUCCAGAGGUUUACCCAACAGCCACACGUGCUUUGGGCCUGGGAACAUGCAGUGGAAUGGCCAGAGUGGGAGCCCUCAUAACGCCAUUCAUUGCACAGGUGAUGUUGGAAUCCUCAGUCUAUUUAACACUGGCAGUUUACAGUGGAUGUUGCCUGCUGGCUGCUGUGGCUUCCUUCUUCUUGCCCAUUGAAACGAAAGGUCGUGGCUUACAGGAGUCCAGCCACAGAGAAUGGGGACAGGAGAUGGUUGGGAGAGGAUCUCAUUCCCCAGGAGUCACCAGGUCUAACUCUGGGUCACAGGAGUGAUGAGACAUGAAAUCCUGCUGAAGAAAUGGAUGAAAUAAGCAAGAUAAGUUCCACAAAAGGCCAACUCUGAAGCAUAGAAAGCAGACCAUACUGUCACUGCCAAUGUCAUGUGUCAAACUGCAGGAACUUCUGGGUUGAACCUAAGUAAAUUGUGUCACUACUGCUCUUUGCUCACACACAUAAAGACUUUACUUCCAUACUGAAAGGCAUUUGAUCCAGAUGUCGUUUGAAAUUUAGCAGGAAGGGUUUUUCUUAAGUCUGUUGUGCUUGCAUGGUCAGCUAUUCAGCUUAAAAUGUCCCGUGUCAAGCAAAUAAUUAACUGAAUGCCACUUGGUAUAAGCUGUAAUUAAAAUAAUGUACUCUCGAUGCCUAAAAACAAAAGAUUAAUAUUUAUUGUGUACUUGGUAUAGCAUACGGUGGAUUCCAUACACUACAAAAUAGGUUUUAUGAACUAGAUGCCUGCCUUGCACUUUUUAGCCAUCAACAACAAUGCAGUAACAGCAAACCAACCAAUGCUUUCUAUUCCCUUGCUUAUGGGUUCUGCUCCAUGAGAAUUAACAGGCACUGUGAGAUUGCUUGGAAUCUAUGUCCUGAAUGUUUCUCCCACUCGAGGCAGGUAGUUUGAGUUGGUGAGGAGUGGUAUUUGCUGCAGAGAUGGAAUCUCAUAUGAGAAGUGUAUGUACUCUGUAAAUCUUGAUGCUUUGGAGCAGAAUUUGACUUUUCUACCAUUGCCAGGAACAUUGAGCACUGUGUUGCUUGGUGAAGACUGCUUCAGCUGUGCUGGUGUCUCUUUGUGUGUGGAGAUGCACGCUGUGGUUUUCUGCAUGGGCUCAGGUCUGUUUCUGCUCAAUUUGCCUAAGUGUGUUCCUGCAGUGGUGUACCCAAAAUGUUUGGUGAAGAUGCCUCAGUCUGAACAGCUACGUGGAACAGUUUGGACGGAGCCUGUUUGGAGUGUCUCCCAGCAGAAGCUGGUCUCUUGACAGCUGGACUGCACUUCUCAAUAGCUGCAGAUUGCAUGACUGCAGUGGUAAGCAGGUGACGAAGGAAUGUAGCUGGCAUCAUGUCAGAAACAAAAAUCCUGGAAGAGCUAAACCACAAUCUUCCUGAGAAGAAGAACUUCAUUCCUUCAGUCCUUGGUGGCUGAUGAUCCUGGUCUUGUUGGAGAAUGCAACAGAGUUCAGGUGAGGAUAAGUUUAUCUUGUUUGUCAGAAAUUUGUCUUUGCAGAGAGUCAGAAUUCAGAGUCUGUGGAUAUGCAGCAAGAAAAUACAAACAGAAACUGGGACCUGUCUCAUCUAUGGCUCAGUUUGCUUUCUGAAUUCCUCACUAUGGAACACGUGACCUAAUGGAAUGAGAUGGACUAGAUGCUAAUGAAUAGGCUGUGGGAAAGCAAUACAUUUUUUCUAAUAUGUGUGAUCCGUUGUCUCACAGAAACAUAGGUAAAUGUGCAACAAAUUUUGCACAAUAGAGUAUUUUAAGUAUUCUGGGAACCAAGCCCCUCUUCUGUGGGGCAAUAAUAGGUUGCUGAGUCUGUUUUUUGGGUGCAAUACAAAUGAACACUGUUGGGGUUCACCUUUCACUUAGGGAUUUGCAGCACUGUGGUGCUGUAUAAUGCUCUGAGACAUGUUGGGCUGUUUGUUUAUAGCACUGAAGGAGAAUUAGAUGAGAAACUGAGGAAACUCAGACCAAUUUAAAAAAGGCCAAAGAGUUUGUUGAUAUUCCAUGUCUGAGUGUCUUCUGCUGAGAAAAGUUUGAGUUUGACACGGCACCAGAAUGUCUGUCUGCUCACUUACUGCUUUCUGAUGGUGGCUGCAGUAGGAGAUUCUGGAAGCAGUUGGUAUAAGCAGGCACUUUUCUUUUUGUGGCUAUAUGAAAAUGCAGCUCAGUUUGCAGGGGAUCCUGCUGUAGAUAUGGUGGAUGAUGUAGGAAUGCACUGUCUGUUCCAGUGGCUGUUGCUUCGUGUGGGUCUGGUUAUCUCUGAUCUUUGUCUCUGCUGUGUCUGUAUCCUGUGUGCUCGGUCUCCAGCAAGCUCAAGUUCCAGUCAGCCCUCAGUAAACAGACAGGGCUCUCAUGGAGCUGACAACCAGUGCACGUAAUUUGUUUUUGCCACCUUUUAUCAGGCUGUAGUUGGAUCACUUUCUGUAAUAUACUAUGCAACUGGGGUAGCUCAGUGCUGCCUCAGAGAUGCACUGACUCAUUUCCCUUGGAUGCACGAGGGAUGGACGUGGUGCAGGCAGAGGAAGGAAGCAUCUCCUGGAUGCUUACAGUUCAGUGUACACCCCAAAACUGGAGUGCCUAUAGGAGAAUCCAGCUGGGUGUGAGCCCACCUUAGAGGUCAGGGGGAAUAUGAAUUGAAAUCCGUGGCUGGAUGAAUGCCACCUCACAGCCUGGCUGCUACCUUUUGAAAGCCUUUUUGUUGAAGUUCUGCUU